UAAAUACAAGUGUUUUCUGAAGUGUAUUCAACUAAAUGACUAUUAUUUACCAGCGAUCGUUUAACGGUUGCAAAAAUAAUAUUAAAAGAAAAAUUAAAAUUUAUAAAAUAACAAAUAAAUAUAAAUUGAACUCGCGUCAUGUUUAAACGCAGCUCUUUAGCAAUAACGCUUGUCAUAUUCAAUUUAGUUAUCAAAUGCCAUUGUGUGAAUAAAGUUCCCUUCAAUAAUUUAGCUGACUAUGACGAGGACGAAGAUGUGUCCUCCGUUUUGCAAAGUGCCGAUGACAGUGAAAGAGUGCGCCUACCUUGUGAAAUACCGAACGAAGAUAAACUGGGUGUAUGCCUGGAAGUCAGCAAAUGUUCGGCUUAUUUACAAGUUCGUAAUGCAACUAAUUUACCCGCGGAAAAAGUGAAUUUUCUGAAAAAAGUUCAGUGUGUUUCGAAUGUGUCAUAUGACGAGCGGGCUCGCAGUUUGGAGCCAUUAGUUUGUUGCACCACUAAUGGUCAAGAUUAUCGGUUUCCUAGUAUUCAGUUUAGUAAGUUCGAAUAUAGACGUUUUCAAGAUGCCACGGCACGUUUUAAAAAGAAAAAACUAAAGCGACGCAUACAAACGGUUGAACCCAUUGAGGGUUUCAAUUUGUGGAACGAGUGUGGCAAACAAGUGACUCAUCGGAUUUAUGGUGGUGAAAUUGCAGAGCUUGAUGAAUUUCCAUGGUUGGCGUUGUUGGUGUAUAAUACUAAUGAAUACGGCUGCAGUGGUGCCCUAAUCGAUGACCGUCACAUACUGACUGCCGCCCAUUGUGUGCAAGGCGAAGGUUAUCGUGAGAAAAAGGGAUUAAAACAUGUGCGCUUGGGAGAAUUUAAUGUGAAAACUGAACCGGACUGCAUAGAAGAGCCCAACUAUUUGAGUUGUGCUGAUGCUGCUCUAGAUAUAGGAGUGGAACAAAUCUUUGUACAUCCUGAAUAUAAGGAAUAUUCAUUUAAUAAAUUCAAUGAUAUAGCAGUGAUACGUCUAAAACAUCCCGUCUCCUUUACACACUUUGUCAUGCCCAUAUGUUUGCCCAACAAAACGGAAGAUAAUUCAUUUGAGGUGGGGCAAAUGUUUUCAGUGUCUGGUUGGGGUAGAACCGAUUUGUUCAAUAAAUAUUUCAUAAACAUACACAGUCCUAUCAAACUAAAACUUCGUAUACCCUUGGUGGCCAAAGAAAAUUGCACCAAAGUUUUGGAGUUGUUUGGUGUGCAGUUGGGACCCAAGCAAUUGUGUGCAGGUGGUGACUAUGCAAAAGACACUUGUGCUGGUGACAGUGGUGGUCCCUUAAUGUUUUUCGAUCGCAAACAUUCAAGAUGGGUGACCUACGGUAUUGUGAGUUAUGGUUUCACCCAGUGUGGCAUGGCCGGACAUCCGGCUGUGUACACAAAUGUGGCCGAAUACAUAGAUUGGAUUCACACAGUGGUCGAUAAAGUAACGUAAACAUAACUAUUGUAACUUUCUAAAUAAUAUUCG